AUGUCGAACUUCCAACUUCAUGACUUUAUUGAAAAAUUUAAGAAAUGGACAAGUAUUCAUAAUAUUUACUCUUUGAAAAUUAUUGAAAAUAUUAAAAAUAAUAAGAUAUCGGAUAAAAUAUUAGUGGAUUCUCUUGAAUUGUUAGCUGAUUCAUCCAUAUUUAAAUAUUAUAGCAUUGAAGUUAUCUCUGAGUUAGAAUUACAUCUUCGCACUUUAGUCUCUCUUAUUGAAGUGAUUUGCAAACGUGAUAUUCGGAUUCGGCAUGAUUUGAGAGAAAGAAUUUAUAAUCAGUUAGGAAAAUUUGCUGAGAUACACUUUCUAUCAACUGAAGUCAAUGAGCAAGGUUUUAAUAAAGUUUUUAAACCACAAUAUGAUGAUUUUAAUCCACCAUCAAAGUCGACAAUCUCACCAGAAUUGGCUAAUUCAAAUGAUAGUAAAAUUUAUAAAGAUGGAAGACGUAAUUACAAUAUUGAUUUCUUGUUGUUACAUUUACGAGAUACCCUUCAUUGUAUGAGAGAUGAUGAGAAUAAAUUUUUAGAAGUAUGGCGUAGAGUAAAAGAACUUCUUUGUAUGAUAUUAGGUAUUACUCCAGAACUUAUAAAAAUGGGAAUUUCACACUGUGCUGAUUUACCUAUAAAUAAUGGUGGCGUAGAGUCACUGUUCAAACAUUUACAAAGGGCUUUCACUUGGAAAUAUCCAAUUUCAUCAUGGUAUUAUGACUGGAGAACACUACUUGAAUUACAUUUUAAUAUUCAAAAUUUUUUUCAAGAAUAUUCACUCCCUAUGAAAUAUGGUGAAAGUUUAUUACUUGAAUGCUUAUGGCAUUGUGUGUCAAAAUGUUGGUCAAGCCCAGUAUAUCAAUCUGAAUUUCUUACAAAUAAGAAGCAAUUUGUUAAUAUUCUUUUAGGAAUGGAGCCUCUUGCACUUCCUCAUUCCUUAUGGUUUGGAGCACUUGACAUUGCACAAGAAUUAAUUGCAAAAACUCAAAAAGAUUCAACUUUAGGCAUAUGUUAUUAUUUUGCAUUAGAAUCUUUGCAAAAAGCACCAUCAUCUUUUAUUCGUUUCAAGGUUAUAGAAGUCCUAAUUAAAUUGUCAAAAAGAAAUAAGCUAUUUUACAAAAUUAUCAACAGUGAUUUAGAAAAUUACAAACAGUCUUUCGAAUCAGUAAAAGGGUUGAAAUCACAUCAUAUGAUUGAAGCAAUUCGUGAAAAGUCUUUACAUGAUGAAAAAUUAGAAGACACCAACAAAAGCAAAAACAAUGUAAAUGAUUUUAAAAAAAAAAGAAAAACAGAUAGUCUAACAUCGGAUCAUGUGAUAAUUUCAAUUGAUGAUUUUAUCUUAGAUAUUGUCACUACAGAAUUAUCUUGCCCAGUAACUUUCAAAAUUUCAAAAAACUUUCAAAUUUUAUCAUGUUACAAACAUUUCAUUAGCUCUGAAACAUUACAACAAAUUAUUGAUAACAAAUCUCAACCAACUUGUCCAUUUUGUCGGAAACGAAUUGAUUUAAGUUCUGUGAUUAAUUUGCCACAGUCAGCAAUUUAUCAAGGAAUUCGUAAUUAUUUACCUGAAGACAAUAACAUUGAUAUUGUUCAAGACCAUGAAAGUAGUGAUGAGGAGAUUGAUAUUUCUAAACUUAAAUCUCAACAAAAUUUUAAAAGAAAAAGAUCGAAUUCGACAGUAAGAAAAUUUUUUAAGCCACCCAAAUUUCUUCAUCCAUCUUUAAGAAAAGCAAACACUGCAUACAAAUUAGGAGAGCUUGAUACUGCUAUCAAUGCACUUACAGAAAUUCUUGAAGAAUAUCCUACAAGUUAUUCAUUACAAUGUUAUCGGGCGAAA